AUGGCGGCCACUGAAGCUUGCGUGAGCCGCUCCCCUCGUGCACCGCCUCGUCGCCGCCAGCUCCUCACGGGCCCGACCGACCUGGCCGCCGUCGACACGUUCCUCGCCUCGUUCAAGCCCUCGCGCAACAACGACUCGCGCGGCGAGUUCACCUGGGCCCGCCGGCGUAGGGACGGCGGCGAGGGCGACUUGGCCGACACGCUCGAGGAGCGGAAGGACAAGCUCAAGCGCAAAAGCAGGCGGGUCCUCGACGAGCUCGCAGAACGGCUCGAGGACAUUCGGAGAACCGCGCCCGUGCGAGCAACCCGGGGCGAGCGCUCGCAAGCCGACUUACGCGCCGAAGCGCGCGAGGACUGCAUCUCGUCGCUCGUCAAGCUCGCCAAGCGGUACAACUACGCGUCGGGCUGCUGGCACUUCUCGGUCGAGCAGCACGAGAUCGACUGGAAGUGGCGCAAGGUCGUCGAGGCGAUCGUCAAGCCCGACGGCGCGCUCGCCAAGACGCGGACCGUGCACGCGGCCAAGGUGUCGGCAGCGUCCAACCACGCAGACGGAAAGUACUGGCUCGGCGUCUACUGCGACGACAGCGCCGACAAGGACGCCGUCGGGCGCGUCUUCAAGGUGCUCAAGGACGACCUCAAGAUGACGCCGCUCAACUACAAGCUCGACAUCCUCAUGCUCCUCGGCCUCAAGCGGCGCAUCAACCCGCUCGCCGUCCCGCUCGCCUACUACGCCAAGGACGACUUUAUGACGCCCGACGAGCGCCGCGCCGAGCGGGACGUCGGGACGAGGGCCAGGCGGCGCACGCUCGAGGACGAGAAGAGUGCGGGGCUCGCAGAUGGGUUCGAGUCGGUGGACGAGUCGGACGGCGAGGAGGAGGAGGAAGAGGAGCCGAGGCCGAAGCGGGCCAAGGUGCGGGCUUGAGGGAGGAGCGCGCGAGCGCCGAUGAUACCCCUGCUGUGCCAUACCAUGCCUUUC